AUGGUUAAAUCUGUAAAUGUUGCCAUUAUUGGCUCAGGUGUCGUUGGUUCAGCCUUCGUCAGCCAAUUGAAAAAUUUAAAGUCUCCAAUCAAUUUUAACGUUGUGUACUUUGCAAGAUCUUCCAAGGAAGCAUUAUUCUCUUCAGACUACUCCCCUGUUGAUUUAUCUACUUACAAGUCUGCCACUACCGUUCAACCUGUCUUAGCAUUAGACAAGCUUGUUCAAUUUUUAGCUGCUGCUCAGAAGCCAACUAUCUUAAUCGACAAUACUUCCAACCAAAGUAUCGCCGAUUUCUAUCCAACUUUUAUCAAGUCUGGAAUUUCCAUUGCUACUCCAAAUAAAAAGGCAUUCUCAUCCGAGUUAUCUGUUUGGAAUGAAAUCUUCCAAGCAUCAGCUGCUCCAGGUGGAGGAUUAGUCUACCACGAAGCUACUGUCGGUGCUGGUUUGCCCAUCAUUGGACCACUCAGGGACUUGGUUGUCACUGGAGACAAGGUCGAAAAGAUUGAAGGUAUAUUCUCCGGAACCCUUUCAUACAUUUUCAAUGAAUUUUCUACUACUGACGCUGCUUCCACCACUAAAUUUUCCGAUGUAGUGACUGUCGCUAAGAACUUGGGUUACACCGAACCAGAUCCUAGAGAUGACUUGAACGGGUUGGACGUUGCUAGAAAGGUCACCAUCUUGGCAAGAAUCUCUGGAUUUGAAGUAGAAUCACCAACCUCCUUUGAAGUUGAGUCAUUGAUUCCAAAGGCAUUGGAAUCCGUAGAAAAGGCUGACGACUUCUUGGCCCAAUUGCCAAACUAUGACGCUGAUAUCCAAAAGAUCAAGGAUGAAGCAUUGAAGGAAGGUAAAGUCUUAAGAUUUGUUGGACUGGUUGACUUCAAGGCGAACAAGGUUUCCGUUGGAAUUGGCAAAUAUGCUUUUGACCACCCAUUUGCUUCAUUAAAGGGUAGUGAUAACGUCGUUUCCAUCAAGACUGACAGAUACCCUAACCCAUUGAUUAUCCAGGGUGCCGGAGCUGGUGCUGAAGUUACUGCACAUGGUGUUUUGGCUGAUGCUAUCAAGAUUGCUGAAAGAGUUGCCGUUUAA